UGCACGCCACUAUCUAUAUAAUUCAAGAAUCGAAAAAUUUCGACAAAGCGAUCCUACAGCUGUAACAGUGCUGAGGCUGUUGAGCUCCGGUCAGUUGUCUUCAGAAGUGCGUGUCUGUACAGAAAAAGUUUUUUCUUCGCAGUCUUCAGAGACUAGGAUGGAGCUUCUGUCUCUCAUUGACCUACCCGUGUCCCUUGUGCUGCUCCUGUUAGCAGGCUUCUUGUUCUACCUAUACGGAAUAUGGCCCUACGGAGUGUGGAAGUCUCUGGGUGUUGAUGGACCCAAACCUUCACCUUUCAUUGGCAACCACUAUCAGAUGACUACAGAGGGAGUCGAACCAUUUAUUCAGAAGUUGUCGAAGAAAUAUGGUCGCACAUUUGGCAUGUAUUCUGGACGUUUUCCGAUGCUGGUAACCACAGACCUGGAUAUUCUAAAAGAAGUUCUUGUCAAAGAUUUCAACAAGUUUGCAGACCGAUUUGACGGUUUUGAGAUUUAUCCAGAGGAAGUUCGCUCGAUGUUGCCCUUUGCUCUCGGAGCACAGUGGAAAAGAGUUCGACACAUACUCACACCUACCUUUAGUACGGGAAAGUUGAAGCAGAUGGAACACUAUAUUCAACGUUGCUGCAUCCAGCUGACCAAGAACAUCGAGGAGAUUGUUCAAAGAGGUGAAAGGAUAGAUGUCAAAAGAGUCUUUGGGGGCUAUACCAUGGAUGUGAUAGCGGGCACGGCGUUUGGUAUAGAAGUAAAUUCUCAGAAGGACCUCGACCAUCCAUUCGUCAGAGAUGCAGCGGGCUUCUUGUCAGACAUUGGCACUCAAGAUAAAUAUUUAGUCGUACUUGCAAAAUGCUUUCCAUUUCUGCUGCCGUUUAUAAAAGUUUUGGUUAAAAACUUGUUUCAACCAAACGGAUUCAAGACAUUCGUGAAAAGCAUUCAACGCAUUAAAGAAGAACGAAAACUGGAUGGAAAUGGAAAUAGAAAACCUGACUUUCUCCAGUCACUGCUGAGUUGUGAAGAAAAUCAGACCUCAGGAACAGAUCAAAUGAAUGUUUUGUCAAAAGUUGAGGUAAUCGCCCAGGCACUCAUAUUCUUCGUCGCUGGGUACGAAACGACAGCAUCCACCCUGCAGUACAUGGCCUACUGCCUGGCGCUGCACCCGGAGGUACAGGACAAGAUUGUGUGUGAAAUCAAGGAACAGCUUGGCGAUGAGAUACCUACUUACGAGGGUGUUUCCAAGUUAAAAUACUUGGACAGCGUCAUCCAAGAGACACAGCGGAUGUAUAAUCCCGUCAACGCAGUAAACAGAGUGGCAUCUGAAGAGGUCACCAUUAAAGGCAUUACGAUUCCUAAGGGCGCUGGAGUUUUGGUUCCUAUCGCCAAUGUGAUGAGAGACCCGGAGUACUUCCCUGAGCCUGACAAAUUCAUACCUGAACGGUUUUACGAAGGCAGCAUUAACCCCAUCUCCUUCUUGGCAUUCGGGUUUGGUCCUCGUCUGUGUAUCGGCAUGCGUCUGGCUCAGCUGGAGAUGAAGAUGUCCAUGGUGCACGUGCUGAGGAGAGUCAAGUUUGUGAAGACAGACGACAUACAGGAUGUGUUCAAGAUCAAGCCUGGCUCUAUUCUUAGCAUCCCAGACCGAGUGAUUGCCAUCAAAGCUGUAAUGCGAGACGUAGCUGCGACAGGUUAAAGCACAGUAACGGGCACUAACAAGUCCACGCUCUGCUACUGAUAUUACGGGAUUAAUAACUUUCAAAAAGUAUUUCUCCUAGCCUGUAAUACGGUACUAGCAGUUAUGAAUAGAUAACAACAACAGCAACAACCUACUGAAAGACUUCUUCUGUGAUAACGUUGUGAAAUUUGAGGCUAAAAUGAUUUACAUUUCGUUAAUAUUUAUGAUAUGUAUUUACAGAUUUUAUGUGCUUACCUGGUGAUCGGAAGGCGUUUAAUGAGGAUUGUGUUUAUUGCCUUAUUUACGUUUCUAAGACUACCUAACCGAGACUCACAUUCUCUGUCAUGUAAGCGCAAGUACUAUUGACACAAUCGUCAAGGCUCAGUCUCUCUCAAUGGGUGAUUAUAAUACAGAUGCCUUUUGUUGUAAUAAUCACAGAAGUUUACGCACUUCAUGUAUUUAAAAAUAGCAUCUCAACAAACAUCUCGUUACAAAUAAGAACAAUAAAAUGUCUGUGUGUGCGUGCGUGUGAGUGUGCGCAUGCCUGUGCGUGCCUAUAUACCGAUGCCCAAGUCUGUAUGUAUGCAUAAACAAUGGUUCUCUCUCUCUAUGUAAAUAUGUAAGUAGUUGUCAAAUAAACAUGUAUAUGUAUUAACACCAUUGUUCGAGUAAUUUUAAUAUACUGUUCAUGUUUCUUGCUUAUUUUCUGCUUUAUAAUUCACAAAUACACAAACUUCAUGUAAAAUAACAUUAUACGUGCAUGUGAAAGCAUCAUUUUAAUACAAACAUACACCGAACACACACAUACGAAAAAAAUUGCGUACAGUACGCAAUAAAAGUUAGGAGGACCCCUUCAAA